AAGGGUUUCCAUUUUACUGUUAAGACAUUUCUCACAUGUUUUGGUUUAAUCAGAUAAAAGUCUUUUUUACACAACAUUUCUUGUUAUUACUGGUUUUAUAUCUCAUCUGAGUUAGAAAGUUUCUUGUUUUAAGAUACCCUUCCUGUUUUUCUUUCCUAACUCUGGCAGUUAAAUGCUUCUAUACCGUUUACUUAUAAAGUAAGUUCUAUACCACUGGGUUUUAUUUGAGCGUAUUAGUAUAAAUGACCUCAAUGCACAUAACACUGUUUGUGUAAAUAAAAAACAAAAAACACGAAUCCCAUAAAAUACAAUGACAUUUGUGGUUUUAAUGGAACAAAAUCCACUGUGAAUAACGGUUCACAAUGUUUAAAAUAGAGUGGAAACGAUUAUUUGAAGAAAACUAUCAAGUCUCAAUGAAAGUUAUCAAGUUUCUUUAAGCUGACAUAUUUCAGUUAGGGAACUCAAUUUUGGGAACAAAAACAAUGGAAAGCGUCUUUAAAAAAAUUAAACUCUCACUAGAUCCAUGAGUUUUAUCAUUACAAAAAAAAGAACAGAAAAAAAAUCAAAACAAAAUUCAAAAACACAGCUGGAUGUAUUUAGGAUGGAAUGAGGUCAGUAUUAUCUGGCACCGAGGGAGAUUGGAAAAUAGGAGAAGACGAAAGAAAUUUAAUUAUCUUUAACUGUUCUGUCUCCACAUAGUUUACUUUUAAAGCACAUAAAGCACAUGAUCUCGUGAAACAAAAAGACUUUGAAAGGUUGUGAAAAAUAAUGCUACACAAUAACGCCCUCAAGUGGCGAACUGCAGUAUUACCUAAAAAAAGAGUUAAGUUUCGGUUUCCAAUCAGCAGAAACGACACCGAGCAUUUCCUUCUCCUCUUGGACCGAGCGGCUCCUCGACCACAGCUGCAUUCGCCGCUUGCCUUCAGGGCGGAAGCGCUCCUGUAGGAGCUAUGGAGGCCGAAAUAUUAAAGUUCAUCUGCGCUAAUCAAGGAGCAGUUGAUGCUGAAGAGUUGAUGUUCAACCUUUUCCCAGGGGAGUCCACGACUGAGGUGAUUUCCAACCAAAGCAAGUUUGCCUUGUGUUCCAGCAAUAGGAAGCAGAGAGUGGUGGCCAGGACCAGCCUGAGACUGUGCAGGAAGAAAGACUGCCCGGGGACGUGCGGGGGUCUACAUCUGUGUAGAAACUUCCUCUUCUCCGGCUCCUGUCACUUCCUACAGAGAAGAGGCUGCAGUUUCACCCACGUUCUGAACUCUGACUACAACCAAAGGCUGCUGGAAGAACAUGAGCUGGAGGGCCUGAGCAGGGCGGAGCUGUGUACGCUGCUGCUGCAGAGCGACAACACCAUACUGCCUGCUAUAUGCUUUGAUUACAAUAACGGUGAUGGAGAAUUUGGCCGGUGUACGAGCGGUUUAGCUUGUGAAAGACUCCACAUCUGCCUGAAGUCCCUGACCCAAAGCUGCAGCUGCUCCAGAGCCCACGACUUUACAGCUUUUCAGCCGAAGAAGGUCUUGCAUGAUAAGAUGGUGCCAGAUGACAUGCUUCGCUCGUUGAGGUCCGUUUACGUGAAUCGAGAAGCAUUGAGGUACUUUAACAGAGGCGAAGCUCGUAUGGGUCACAGGGGUAACGGCAGCUCCAACCAUGGGCUGAAUUCAAGUCGCAGGCCGGGCUAUAGAGGGAGAGGCGGCAAUAGAGGCAACCGGGGGCCCAGAGGUAGAGGUAUGAGGGGCAGCAGGGGCAAUAGAGGAAACUCCAGACAGCAAGAAAUAGACACCCGUAGUGACCUUGUGGAGGACCUUGAUUGGUGGGCUAUUGUCACUGGAGACAAACUUUCUGAAACCAAGAGUGAGCAAGGAGAUUUCAGGUCAUCCAGCAGUGACGUCUCUGCUGCUGGCUACGACUUCGAUUCAAGAAGUGACUGUGGUUUCAAUACAGAGCAGAAGCACUGGAGCCGAGGGAGAGGGAGAGCUGCCUACAGGGGAUACAGAGGAGCCAGGGAUCCGAGGGGAGGCAGAGGGGGCAGAGGGGGCAGCGGAAACGGCGGUAACAACCUCGCGCAGCUACGAAGCACUUCCUUCAGUGACAUCUGGGGUGAGUUCAGUGGCUUGAACCUGGACACCCGAAGCAAGAGUCCCCUGCCAAGUUUAAGUUCGUCAAACAGUGACGUCUCUGCCGCCGCCGCCGACUCCGAGGCGAGCAGCAAUAGGAGGAAAAAGCGUAGUCGAAGUCGCAAUCGGACUUCAGCGAAUAAAGGGAGAGGCGGCAACCAACCAGGGAUCCGAAGAGCGUCCGCCGUCGAUGAAAUGAUUGGUGCGGCUGGUGGCCAAGAGGAAAAUGGAGCAGGUGACCAGAAAGGCAGACAAAAAAACAAACCUGUCAAAGAUAAAACCGAGAUAUGCAUGUACUUCAUUAAAGGCUACUGCAAGCAUGAUGACAAAUGUUUUAAAGCUCACGACAAGAUGCCGUACAGAUGGCAGGUCCAGGACGGAGGCCAGUGGAAGGCCUUGCCUGACAACGAGACAAUUGAAAAGGAAUACUGUGAUCCCAGCAACACGUACAGCAGCGGCAGUCCGCCUGUUCAUUUUGACACCAUGACUCGUGGAGGGAACAAAGUGCGACGGCUCACUACGGUGAACUCUCUGGUUGAGCCGACCUUCAUUCACACCACGGAGUGGCUCUGGUACUGGCAGGACGAGUUUGGAAAGUGGAACCUGUACGGUCCGGAUAGCGCCGGAAGGAAAUCGUCAGACAUCAGAAGUGAAACUCUGGAGCAGAAGUUUCUGGACAAUGAGAGCGAAGUGGAGUUCUCUGCUGGCUCCCAGUCUUAUUCUCUUAGUUUCCAGGACAUGAUUCAAACUAAUAAGCAUUACGGUACUAAGAGGCUUGUGAGCAGACGUCCUCUGUUCGUCUCUGCCGCUGAUGUCCGAACCAAGAAAGCGAGAAAGCCUGCAGCAAAUUCUUCUCCUGUGCCAGACCACUGGGACAAGACGCAGAUCCCUCCAACUGGAUUCUUGAGAGUUGCCGUCCCGCGCACUUCGGAUGAAUUUCAAAAGAUCGAAGCACUUUUUCGAACAACCUUGAGAGGCUUCGAUAUUAUGAAGAUAGAGAGGAUUCAGAACAAGGCGCUUUGGGAAGUCUUUCAGUGGCAAAAGACUCAGAUGAAGAACAACAACAGUGGACGUGAGGUGGAAGAAAAGCAACUUUUUCAUGGGACUGACUCGAAACACAUCGACGCCAUUUGUCUCAACAACUUUGACUGGAGGAUCUGUGGAGUUAAUGGAACAGCUUAUGGCAAAGGAAGCUACUUUGCUCGGGACGCCAAAUACUCCCACAGCUACACUGGUGACUCUGAUGUCAAAACCAUGUUUGUGUCUCGUGUCCUGGUGGGGAGCUACACAAAAGGGGACUCCAGCUACGUCCGACCUCCUUCCAAAGACGGUGGAGACAUAAACUUCUACGACAGCUGUGUCAACGACAUCGCAAAUCCUUCCAUUUUUGUUGUCUUUGAGAAGCACCAGAUCUAUCCUGAGUACCUGCUGACGUACAAGACCACACAGCCACUGGUUGACAGAUAUAGUAGUGUAUCAACACAGCAACUAAAACCAGUGAUUGCUCCUAAGCCAGUGCAUCCAGCAAGUAUGGCAUUGAAACAAACCAACUCUUCAUCACAUCAAUCCAGUGCGGCAUCGUAUGCAACCAGUUCAUCAUUGUAUCCACCCACUACGGCGUCAAAUCAAACCAUCUCUUCAUUGUAUCAACCCGGUGUGGUGUCAAAACAAACCAGUUCACCAUCACAUCAACCCACUACGGCGUUGAAUCAAACCAUCUCUUCAUCACGUCAAUCCAGUGCGGCAUCGUAUGCAACCAGUUCAUCAUUGUAUCCACCCACUACGGCGUCAAAUCAAACCAUCUCUUCAUUGUAUCAACCCGGGACGGUGUCAAAACAAACCAGUUCACCAUCACAUCAACCCACUACUGCGUCGAAUCAAACCAUCUCUUCAUCACGUCAAUCCAGUGUGCCAUCAUAUCUAACCGGUUCAUCAUUGUAUCCACCCACUACGGCGUCAAAUCAAACCAUCUCUUCAUUGUAUCAACCCGGGGCAACGUCGUAUCCAACCCGUUCAUCAUCGUAUCAACCCAGUACAACCUCUUCACUGUACCAAACCAGACAUGAUUCCCAACGCACCUUGUCUUCCUCAUCGUCCCCCUCAAAGCCGACCAAAAAAAAUGAUUCCUGUGUCAUAGCCUAAGCACAGCUUUGAAAUGGAAAGAGGUCUUAAUGGAUAAGGGAGUUCAGUGAGUUUGUUUUUUUAAAAACAUUAGUCAAAAUAUGUUGGAAGGGAUAAUGAGCUUAAGAAAAUUUCACCCAUAUGUAGGAAAUACUCCAAAUACAGAAGGAUAAAUAGAAGUACAUGCAAAGGCACAAUUUACAGUUUUAAUGGAAAUAUUUGAAAUGUUUUCAUUUUAAAUGACCUGGUGCAGUGAUUUUUCAUUUAGUGCUUUAGUUUCCAUUGACAGGCCAACUCAGAGAAACAGAAUAGUUUUCUUUAGGCGGUUGGUCGUAUUUAAAUGAUACUCUGUUGGCUGACGCUCAAAGCCAGAGAAGGCUAAACUGCCGGUCUUUCAUUGUGACAUACACUUUGUAUGUGAAGGGAAUCCAUCCAUCAGUUCCACAGAAACACAAUUGUCACCACUGCUGUUUGCAUCCCAAAUCCAGUCUGCUUUCUAAGGCUAAACAGUGAAUUCAAGAAUGAUACAGCGAUGGAAUCUUAUCCAGCCAACUCAGAAACUGUUUGAGGUUUUUGAAAAGAUGCUCAUAAAGACAUCUUUUUUUUUAACAAGUUUUUAUCAAGACAAAAACAUUACAAAUAGGCUACAUUAUCUAUACCGAAGCUAUAGCUGGCGCUGUAAUGCUGCUACAAUAAAACAAGCGUAACAGUAAGGCGACAUGGAGCAGGCGCAUAAAGCUUGUGCCAUGGUGCUAUUACAAUCGAUUUGAAAACAUUUAGUUUUGAAUUGCUACGUGAUAAACACAAGAGUGGCAUUUCACAAUGUUUUUCAUUCUGAUACAUGUUUCCAGCUGCUAAUAGUCCAUUCCUUUGUGGACAAAAAGCUGAAACCAUAAGAACAAAAGUUCAGCAUUCUCGAAGCUCGUUCCCGCGUGAACGACAAGCAACGACAAUUUAUCUUUGAGAAAAUGGACUCUUACUACUUUAAUGUGAGAGCGCCUAAUGAAUCAGAUCAGACAAGUCCAGAAUUCUUGCACUGAUUUGACUGAGACACACCACGAACUACAAGGUGGUUUCUAACCGCCCUAACUUAACACGUUUAAUAACAAACGUCAUGUAUUCUGGGAUCAGGAAGCCGUAUCGCAUUAACAAUAUCGAUGGUUGGCGUGUGCGAAAAGACCAUGGAAGUAAAAACUGUAAUAUUGAUAAAUACCACAUUUCCAUUAAUAAGCAGUAGCUGUCAUCACGAUAAUUUGGCACGAUGACUUUAAAAUGAAGGGAGAGAAUCGCUCAAGUGUUUGUGCCAAUGUUAUGUUGCUUUAACACUACUCAUUUUUGACGCUUUUAGAUGCGAUGAAACUGCAAAACAAAACAAAAAUGUAAACUUUAAAGUAAUUUCCUAGAGCUGCAGUUUCUCUACAUGUUGAACAAUACAUUUCGUCAGAUGUUGGUUAGGUUAUUGAAAUGAGACCGAGCUCCGAAAAAGGGAUCAGUGUGCUCGCCAGCGCCUCCACUUUAUUGCGCUGACCCCAAGUAAAAGUGGUUUGUUACAGCAUCUGUUUUUAUUCCAAACUUAUUUAGCUUAUUUAGCUGUGAAGUUUUUAUUGGCUCUCUAAAUCUUCUAAUUGUUGUUGGUGUAAUUAUUUUAUAUUCAUUGUUAAAUUGCCAGCAUUGUUUUUCGAAUUCUAUGAAAAGUACAAUAAAGGUUAAGCCAAAGUUGCCUUUCCUUAGCCAGUAAAUUCACCUGUUCCUCUUAAAAAUCAAAAUGGUAAUUACGUGAUUGUGCCUUAUCAAAAUAAAAGUUCUUUUCUAUUAUGAGCUGCUUGCUUCUGAGUUUCUAUCUUCACCAGCAAACUUGAAGAUGAGAGGAACCAGAACUGGUGGGUGAAUGUACGGGUAUGAACACCUCUGGAGUGUUUUCACAUCGUAACAAACUUCUGUGUAUUUUAUUUGGGUUUUUGAUGCGACAAGACCAACACAAGGUAGCCAUUAGUUUUGAAGUUGGAGGAAAAGCUCUAUAUUCUUAAGAUGAGUAUCAGUAUUAGGUCAGUGUGGAAAUGACUGUCUAUUUGGAAAAGACAAUCACGAACUUGACGAGCUGGUCUCGUCAAAUCUUGAUGACUAUCAAUGUUUUUUACAAAGACGACUUCUUGGUUGCAAUUCUACGACUACUAAUAUUGCAUCUUUACUUUGCUAAAAUUAUGACUAUUCUUGUCAUUAAAAAAUCUCUUAAUCUGGCCUUAAUGUUAGGCAUUCAUGACAAGCAACAUCUAAAAUGAAUAUGCCUCAAAGAGAAAAACUAAAAUCAACGAUUAUUAGUUCCUCGGCAAAACAAAAAAAAUUCUGUGGAAUUCAAUGUUUGGGCACAAAAACAAUGAAAAGUUCCUUUUAAAAACAUUUCUCACAACGUCUGAGUUUUCUAACCCGAUAAGAGGGAGGGAGUUAUUAAAUACAUUACUUUAUUCUUUUUAGCUUAAAGAAGUAUGAAACAACGUGAGACUCUGUGAUUGGACAAUUUCCACCUUAUAUUUUUUGCUAUCACUAUAUUGUUUCCACAUCAUUUUCUUUGGAAGCACAGGAUCGCCUUCUCGAGACCUUGGACCCCUGUAAAAAAAAAAA